AACCUAUAUUACAUCCGUUCGUUGAGAUAUAUUUGGAAUUCACGUAUGGAUAAUACGUCCAUAUUUACGUACAAUAUUUAACGAUCGAUAAACUAAUUAAUCUAUUUAAAAUAUUUUUGUGUUGUGAAAAAUAAGAAGUGUUAAGAACGAUAAGCUGUUUAACCUUGACAAGAAGAAAGAUGUACAAUUUAUCGUUCAGUACAUAGUGUCAAUUAAGUUCUUUGAAGAAUGCUUUCUUCAUGUGUAUUUUCCGAAUAGAGAUAAAUGAUAAGGCCUACAAGGCUAUUACAUAACUGGCAAUUGAUAAAUAAAAUGGAAAAUUUCAAUGGAGGAAAGAAUAUGAAAAAUUGAAACAAUAAUCGUACAAAUGAACGCAAUAACGAGUUAUUUAAUGUGUAAUCGGCUAAUUUAAUCAGACGCCAUCUCGUGCUGCAUAAAGGUAUCAUUUAAAAUUGGUAGUUUUCUAGUUCUGUUUCGGCUUUCGCUUGAAACGCAAUCGAAUUACAUGUACCAAGAAUUGUGACGGAUCACGAUUCAUCACGGUAGUCAGAAAUAGGCAAGAGGAGCAAAGAGGACACGUAAAAGAUGGCGGAAGCCGUUGUAGACGGGCCAAUAUCCCGAUUUUUUUGUCACAAAUGCAGUAUCGAAAUUGAACGUCUGUUACCUGAUUACACAUGUCCAAGAUGUGCAAGUGGCUUUAUAGAAGAAUUAGAAAGUGACAGCAGUGAUAGUGGUUCUGCGAUGCAUACUACUGGUGACUUCGAUGAUCUUUUGGAAAGUUAUCGAGAUGCUCCUCUGAGAGCAGAAUAUGAAAUGGAUUUUUCCAAUUCAUUUGAAACACCAAGUAACCGUAACAGAAACAAUGGCCCUGCCGGUAAUAGAAGACACCGUCAAUGUAUACGUCAUUCUCAAGAUACACGCCGUACCAAUAACAGUCGUGGAAGACAAGAUAUGGGGCCUAUAUCUGUAGAAAAUUUCAUACAAGAUUUCUUAUUUAAUCUCUCGGAAGGCGUAGCUCAAGCUGCACAACUACCUGUAUUCAAUAUUAGACUGUUCUUGGGAAAUCCCGGAGAUUAUGUUUGGGGUCAAGAUGGCUUAGACGCGAUCGUAACACAAUUAUUAAAUCAAAUGGAUGGAACUGGACCGCCACCUUUGCCACGGAAACAAAUCGAUGAAAUACCAACUAUAACUGUGGGUGAAUUACAUGUUGACAGUAAACUUCAAUGUUCCGUAUGUUGGGAAGACUUCAAACUUUCUGAACCAGUUAAACAACUUCCUUGUCUGCACUUGUACCACGCACCGUGCAUUGUACCAUGGUUAGAAUUGCAUGGUACUUGUCCUAUUUGUAGACAACACUUGGGAGAUCAGAAUACAGAAGCACAUCAGGAUAGCGUAGGACGUAGCUUAGUUGCCCUUUUAUCUCAUGCGGCAGACUAUGGUAGAACGUCGGCUUCAUCAUCGAGUGAAUACAACUCCAGUAGUAACUCAUCGAGUGAGAUUUGAGAUUGAUUGCCCUAUCUUAAUAUUUUCUCUACCCAGCAGAACACAUAAAUAUACGUACACAACAUCACGCGUCUAUAUAUAUUUUUCACUUUCUGUUUGUUUAAAUUUAUUUUCCGACACUGAUCAUGUGGGCUCUUAUAUGAUAUCUUGGUAGAUAUUAUAUCUUGACACUAAUAUAAAUUUCAAGCUUUAUACUUUAAUCAACAGUGUAAUGUAAAUGAUUAAAAAAAAAAAGAAAAAAAUACUGUAGUAUCAAAUUGCAAAUUGGAUGUGUUGAUUUACAGAAAUUACAGUGAGGUAUAAUCAUUUAAAAGUAAAAAGAAGACGUGCGCAUAUGAAGUUAAAAUAAUCCUCGUUGCUAUACUUACGUAUAUGUUUGUAUGUAUGUGUGUAUUGUACAAUUUAUACAUACAUGCACACGUAUAUGUUCUAUCUUAUAACUUACACGAAGUUUAAUAAGUUCAUUAAAUAUGCAAUUUAUCAAGAGUGACAGAAUUCUCUGUGUCGCAUAUGCGUGAAAAAAGAUGUGUUUCUUUAUAACGAUGUUUCAUAAAUUGAACGUAACAUAACAAUAUACAUGUAGAGAAAAGAAGAAACACCGUACUAUAGUUUAAGCUUAAGAAAUGUAUUACACGUAAGAAUAAUGAAGCUAAUGUUGAUGAUUUUAAUUUUAUCCCCUUUGAGCAAAAACUGGUGUAUAAUUAUUACGGCAUGGAAGUACCGUAAGAUAUUUUUCCAUUCACGUUGUUUUGCAUUUUGAUGCUAUGUGGAAGUUUUUAGCAGAUACUUUAAAAUUGGCUUAAAAUGGAAUCAUUAACAUUUUGGCUAAUUCUCUUUGCAUCAUGUUCGCAUCAGUAUCAUUUCAUAAAUUGUUAUUUUGAGUCAUUAAUAAAUAUUUUAUUCAGUUGAAGCUGGUGCAUAAAGUACAUAAAAGUGUAUGCAAAAAACUGUAGACAAAAAUAGAAAAGUAAUAAGUAAUAUUUGUA